ACUCCGCUUGUUAAGGCAGCCACUGCUACGCUCUUUCAGUCGUGUUGGCGCGGGCAUCGAUAGAACGCUGAUGAUUGCUUAUGACAUAUACGGAAUUGUGGACUUAUCGAAGACCAAAAAAAAAAUCCGUAGGUAAGGGGAGUGAAGCUAACGGAAAAACGAUUACUGCAUACUGCAGGGUGAAUGCUGAAUGGCUAAGUUUACUCAACUUUGAUGUCGAGGGCCAAUUGUGAGGCCUCGGAGUGGCAGUAUGAAGGGAAGCCGACUUUAGAGUAAGGAGAGAGCGGAUGACAACGUCAGCUGCACUCCGGAAAAUCAUCUGGAGACCAGGAACUUCAAUCGUGUACUAUGCUCAGGUUUUUCUUCAUGGACUGACAAUUUUUCUGUUAUUUUAAGUUUCAAGGCUGUUUGUAGCCUUACGACUAGGAUCCCCGCAACCAGAGGAUUUCUUUUGUUGACAUUUUUUGAAGACAAUGAAGCAUCCUCGGAAAUAACUAAAAGAGAGCAGAAGCACAAAAGAUGCAUUUUCCUUUGGCCACGCGGAUGAGAAAACAGCCCUUUGGUCGUGGCCUUCAGUAUUUAAUGAGCAGGUUUUGUGCCAGACAGUUGUGUGUGUGUGUGUUUUUUUUUUAAAUAGCAAUUCUUUCCAGGUCUGACUAUUUUGAACAGAUGCUUGGCUUCGAGGAGUGGGAGCACAUUUGUUCUUCAUUGAGACCAUUUUCUUAAUAGAUAAAUGACACUGAAAACAAAACCCUGGUAUAAGCAGCAGCAUAUUUUAUUAAUGUUAUAUUCAUGCCAGGUUUGCUGGGGUGCUUCUUUGCUCUUUUGUAAUAUGGAAAUAUGAAUUUGGUGGAAAGACAGCUGCCAGGUCUGACACAAACGCAUUCCUCUUUGUUCCUGAACCUCCGCAUGUUGCCUUGACAGAUCCACACAUGAUCAGAAGAACUGGACACCUACGUUUUGUGUGCUUGUCUUUCUGGUACAGCCUGUUCAUGUCAACCUAUUGAAGGCCACCAGUUGCUGCUGACUUGCAUCAAUCCAAUUUGUGCAUAAAAGACAGUGCUGCUUUGGUAGAGUGGGACAACCCUCAAAGUUGAUUUUGGGGUACUUCACACCAAAAAAAACAAAAAACACAAAAGAGAGAGAGACUUUCUUUGGCCAUUGCCAGGUUUGCCCUGUUGGAACAGAUUGUACAGAUGCGAGUCAAGAUGGGCACCCAGGGCAGUCCUGUUAAAAGCUACGACUAUCUCCUCAAGUUCCUACUGGUGGGAGACAGUGAUGUUGGGAAGGGAGAAAUUUUGGACAGUUUGCAGGAUGGAUCUGCUGAGUCUCCUUAUGCCUACAGCAGUGGAAUUGACUACAAGACGACUACAAUCCUCCUAGACGGGAGACGAGUCAAGUUGGAGCUGUGGGACACAUCAGGGCAGGGCCGCUUCUGCACCAUCUUCAGGUCCUACUCCAGAGGAGCUCAGGGAAUUCUGCUGGUUUAUGACAUCACCAACCGAUGGUCCUUUGACGGCAUUGACCGGUGGAUCCGUGAAAUAGAUGAGCAUGCCCCAGGUGUGCCACGAAUCUUGGUUGGAAACCGACUCCACUUGGCAUUCAAAAGACAAGUACCCACGGAGCAAGCACGCGCUUACGCGGAGAAGAACGGCAUGACCUUCUUCGAGGUGAGCCCGCUGUGCAACUUCAACGUCAUCGAGUCGUUCACGGAGCUCUCCCGAAUCGUCCUCAUGAGGCACGGCAUGGAGAAGUUCUGGAGACCCAAUAGAGUGUUCAGCUUACAGGACCUCUGCUGUCGGGCGAUUGUGUCCUGCACGCCUGUGCACCUCAUUGACAAACUGCCUCUGCCCGUGGCCAUCAAGAGCCACCUCAAGUCCUUCUCCAUGGCCAACGGGAUGAACGCGGUGAUGAUGCACGGCCGCUCUUACUCGCUGGCCAAUGCAGGCGGCAGUGGCAGCAAGGGGAACAGCCUGAAGCGCUCCAAAUCCAUCCGGCCGCCUCAGAGCCCCCCUCAGAACUGCACCAGGAACAACUGCAAGAUCUCUUAGCGUGCGGCGGAGUGAUGGAGGACUCCCGUCCAGAGUUCUGCAGGUCCUCCCUGAAGGACCUCUGCUCUGCCUGCCCAGUAAUUUUACAGAGAGGCUCCCCACAGAACGGCAGGCUUCGGCCUUCUGGGGUGGCGGGGCAGAUGCAGUGCGGCCGCGCUGUUUGGUUUACCUCCACUUGACUCGUAAGAGACUGAAUCAUGUAAAUUAUGUCGCCACUCAAAUCGGUUAAUAUAUUGCUCCUUUUUUUAUAUAUAUAUAUAUGUAUAAAUUAUGAUAUUUAACUUUUGUGAAACAAAAUUGUACAUCGCAAAGCAGAAGCACUCACUGAGGGCUGAACUUCAACAGACUGCAGGAAAUUGAGGAGCAGAGUGUGACGUGGCACCCCUCAAUGAUGCAACAAAACUGCUGGCCACCAACUCCCAAACACGCCACGGGGCGGGUUGGGCAUCCAUUCAACUUGAUUUCGGCUCAUUUGCCCAACUGAGUUCAGUUACCCCUCUGGUGCCACCUUUCCAAAACUUGGCUGAAGGAUUUGCUUUCAUUGUUUGCACCCGCACCUGUGGCACCUUAAACCCCUUGAUUGUUUGUCCCUCACUUUGAAGCCUGCUGACCUCCACCAUCUUGUGAACAAGCCUGGCACGCCUUAACCCAAAUGCCAGCUUUAUUUUCAUUUACUUUGCCUGAAUCCCUGGGCCAACCCCCGAAUGAAACCGAGGUGCAAUCCCAAUCCCCACAGCUAGAGGGCAGGCUACCUCUCCCCUUAUUCUGUUUCUCCCACCUGCCCGUGUGCCAACCUCACUCACAUUUAAGGGCCAUUUGAUGGCAUUUGCCAGGUUCCCUGAGUGCCAAAGUGUUGAAGAAAAAUAAAGAUGGGAAUGGAUGCCUACCUGGCCAUUGUUAGUGGAAUUUUUUUUGAGGAUCUCCCCCCCCCCCCCCCCCCCCCCACCUCGACUUGAGACCCAGAGGUCGGCUGAUUUUGUUUCCUGGCUGUCCUUGUGAAUGAAGCUGACUGCUGAUGUAAAGGAUGGUGGGCCGGGCACUCUGGGGCAGCGAUGUGUGCUGAUCCCAGGACAAAUUUGGACUAGUUUGUGUCUGAGCAGGGGGUCCUCGCUCUGCUGCUGGUUGGCGGCCCGAAGUGGAUGUUUGUCGUCAGAUUGCCGUUUGUGUUGUGUGAUGGAGCGACGUGAGGACGUGUGAACGGUUUGACUGCGAUUAUCGAAACACUAUCUCCGCGUGGUUUACGCUGCUGGGUGAACUCUAAUGAAGAACGCUUUUGUCUCUCUUUUGUUUUUUUAAUUCCUUUUUUUAUUCCUGAUUGUACAGUUUUAAUGUUAUUCCAGACUGUGAAAUGCAGCAUUUUUUUCACAAUAAAACCGUUUAACAGAA